GGUUUUAUAAAACCCAGCUGAAGGCCUAGGACUGGGGCAACGGCGCAUGUGCCCACAGAGAGGGCUCUGAGUGCCGCCUCUGGCACGCGUGCCAUAGGUUCACCACCACUCUCUAUAAUUAUUAGCAGCCUCAUAAAAUUAGAGAGAACAAUAGAAUUUCAGAGUGCCUAAAUCUAAUGAAAAUGCUACUAAUUUAGGUACUACCAAAGUUAAGAUCCUUUCCGGGUUAUCCUCUGCCUAAUCUCAGCAGCUGUGAGGCCUGGGGAGAGAAAAAUCCUUUACAAAUUGCUCCCCUCUCAGCUGCCCCCACUAUGAAUGCCAAAAACUCACCCCAUUCCAGAAAUGUUCCUGGCUUACUGUAUAUAUUUUUCUUUACUGGUAGAAUACUGGUUGGGAAAACAUUCCCCUCUAGUAAGAUCACUCCCUUCCUUUUGAAACACAAAUUGACUUUAUUUCGCUACUAGAAAUUAUUUUAUUACUUUAUUUCACUACUAGAAGCUAAGAGGUAAACCUUUAAAAGUGUGGGAAUGCAACCACCUUAUAUAGAUUUAUGCAAAUCAUGGAAUACAUGUAACUUGUGGAAUCUGGAAUAAUGAAGGUAGAACUAGAAAGACAAUGGCUGGUACAAACAAAGACUAUGUGUUUUAGAAAAAAAACUUUAAACAGUAACCUUUAGUGUGUUGCUUCCCCUUAAGUACUACCUUCCUUGGCCUUGCUUUCAAUAAGCUUGUCCCAGUUUCAAGUAACUUUCUUUUGCCAAUAAAGGAGAAUAUUUGUAGCUCAAGGCUGAAAUAUGGGGUCCUUGGGGCUCUCUGAGCUUUUUUUCUUGCAGACAUUUAAUUUCCUAAACUAGGUAACAUCAUUAGUGCUGGCCCCAGCUUUCUUUUGAUUUCUGUUUUGUGGCUGAAUUGACAUUUUAUUACUUCCCUAAGGGUCCCUAGAAAAGAAUGGGGGAGGGUGUUCUGCCUGUUCUGCCUAUCCAUUUUUCUCCUUCAAUAAAGAACCUGAAGCUUUUGACUGUAAACAGAGAGAACAUAUGUCUGGCAAACUAUACAAUUUUGAAAAUAGACUAGAGUUCUCGAGAAGAGGGAAUGGCAUUUUUGCAUUUAUUUGAUUAAAAGUGGAGACUCAAUAAUAGCCUCUUCUUUCUCUUGCUAUUUUCUCUCCAUUGCCUUCCCAUGCUUCAGCUCAGUUUUUGCUUCAAUUUCUAUUCCUCCCAUGAGGCUUUUGCUAUUCUAUGUCAUAGCUAACAAGAAAUUCUUCCCUUGAGAAAUUGCUGGAGACUUUCUUCUUCUGGAGAAAAUGUCCCCUGAUUUUAAAAGCAAUAGCCCUACCUCUACCCUCCGGGCAAAAGUGCCCAGUCAGUCCCCCCCACCCGUGUUGCCUGCUAUUGAUGAAAGCUGUUACCAUCUGACCCACCUGAAUAGGCACCCAUAUGGAGAAGGCUGGGCCAUUUAGACCAGUGUUUCUCAAUCUCAGCAAAUUAAGACAUGUGGGCUUCAGGUUUAAGUUAAAGCUCACCUAUCUUAAAGUCGCACUGAUUUGGACUAAUGGUCGGCUCUACCCUAGAAGUCUUCUGUGCUUCUAAAGUAAAUGGAAUUAGCAACGUCUCCUGUUGUCAAUUCCUCCUAAUUCUGUUGAACUGAAGAAGGUAGUUGGAUGAGUAGCGAAACGUCUUCAAGCAAAUACAAAGUAAGUCCAGUUGCCUCUUGGGACAACCAUGAUUUGGAUGAGUGAGCAUCUCCAUAGACAUCUUCUGUUCGAUGCUUAGUGGAUAGGAUACGGCUUCCCCAGGUGAUGAGGCACCACGCCCGGAGCUCCUGGGGGCUCUUUGCCCACGAACCCGAGAAGGCAAAGAAACGCGCUGCGAAGAUCGAUUGUUUUCCCGCCUCCGAGCUCCUUCGGGCGUCCCAUGCAAAGGUGCCGCCCCUGGGCAGACGCAGAAGCAUCCCGACCGGGCUGGCGUUCUUUAGGGAGCGAAAAUCCCUUCGCUUUGGCGGAGAGGUUCAGUUCCACGACUCGGGAGUCAGGAGCGCCUGAGCGGGCCCCGCCUGCCCCGCCUCCUCAGCAGGCGAGCCAGGCGAUGCUACCUAUCUGGGUAAGCACCGCCUGUGGCGAGCGGCGCUUUCAGCAGAUCGCCGGGAGGCAGCGCGGGGAUCUGGCAGAGGCGACGCGAGAGGGGCAUGGGCGGCGGCGGAGCUUUUCCGAAGGGCAGGUUCUGACUUAAAGCGAAAGGCGGGGGGCGCCGCGCUAGAAGUGCGGGCUGGCCAGCCGGAGUUUGCAUUUAAGCUGCGAGUAGGUGCUGGACGCUCUUGGCGCUGCAGGAAGGGUCUCGCUGGUAGCCGAGCUCCCUUCGGGGCCGGCCGAGGAGCUCAGCGAAGAUCGUUGCGGAGACCAGCAAUGCCCAGAAGCGCAGAAUGUGCGCAGGGCCCGUAAUUUCGUCGUGCGCUGGCUGCUGGUUUGCCCAGCUGAUGUUGGACUUCACCCCUGUGCGUGGGUUAUUUUGCGCUGCUGGAAGAUGCCGGGCAGUUUCUAUAGAACAAAUUGGCCCAGUCUGAAGUGCUCUAGGAUGCGUUUUUAAAAGCCACCUUAUGUCUUGGGGUGGGGAGCGGGUGGCGGGUGAUGGACAGCAUAAACAGGUUUCGGUUUGAAUGGGAGCUUUCGCUUUGGAAGAGCCUCCUCCAAAGGCGGAGAAGAGUUAAGAUGCGCUCUUUGGUUGGCCGCUUUUUAGGAAGCCCUUCUGCAUUUACUACAGGGAGGUAGCUUUAACGUGAGUUAGAAGCAGUGGUGCAGUUGGGUAAUCAUAGGCUCUGAAAAGCUGCCGUCCAGCUUACUUGCUUCCCCCACAAAGAGGUAGGGGAGGAGCCUGGAUAUUCCCUUGUAUUCAGGAGCAAAUAGCAUCAAAAUGCUUCAAGAAUAUUCACCACCAUUUGUAGGAGUAUAUCAAUUCACUAUCUGUAUUAGAGAGGAGGAGAGAAAAUGCAGGGCUAAUCGGAUGUUUUUUGACGGAUCACACACAGUGAUUGAAAAUAUUGACUUACUCUUCGAAUAUUGACACAAGCCACACAGAUCAGAUUCCUUCCUAAAGAUGUUGCUUCUCUGAUUUUUGUUCCCUUUUUUAACAUAUGGAGAAGACUUGUUAUUUCGGUUUGAAUUUUGCUCAGGUGGUACCAGCUGAUCUAAACUUCAAUGACUGAACUUCAGUUUGUUGGCAUGGACUUCCCUAUGAAUUGGUCAUUUCUGAGCAAAGCAUCCUGGAAAACUGCUGGCCUGUAGAGCCUCUUCCAUGGCACUUUGAAGGUGGAGCUCCCUAGCUGGCUUCUUUCUGUUUUGUCCUGUGAAAGGAAGAGAGCCUGAUCAAUGUUGGGAAACAGCAGCAGCAGCAGCAGCAGGAGUGCCAAUAGUACAGACUGCAGACUGGCCUUUGCUGGAGUGGUCUGCCAGCUGCUCUUCAUGGUCCUCUUGAUCAUUGCCAUCACCCUUGGAAAUCUGGUGAGUCUUCUGGUUUUCUUCUGUGUAAGACCAUUCCGGACACCCCAAAGCUACCUAAAAGCCUCUUUGGCCCUUGCUGAUUUGGCUGUGGGGCUCAUUGUAGUACCUUACUCAGUUUAUCAGGAGAUGAACACGUUGGCCUAUGAGAUGGAGCAAGAACGGAGUCCAGCUGGCUGGUCAGUCUGUUUGAUCACUGGCCCUAUCUUUGCAGGGUGCACUUUUGUCUCAAUCAGCACCAUAUUUCUGCUUUCAGUGGAGAGGACCAUCACUGUGCUGAGGCCCUUGCACAGGAAAGCUGUGAUUACCAAGCGCAGGAUCACUUGGCUCAUUCUUGGUUCUUGGAUACUGAGUUUCUCCUUGGCGGUGAUACCUCUGCUCUCAAUUCCAAAUAUCACCUUUGAGUACAAUUCCUGCAGUAAGAUGUGUAUCUAUGGCUUUUCACCAGGCAAGUUGCCAGAGUCCAAUUGGAACGUCAUGCUCCUGUACCCAAUAUUUGACUUCACCCUCUUAGGUGGCACUUUUGUUGUCAACACCAUCACCUUCGCCACCCUCCGGCAGUACCACAAAAUGAGGAAGCAACUGAGGGAAGAGCCACAAGGAACCCACAGGCUCUCUUACUCAGAUGUCACUGCUGCCAGGACCAUUGGCAUCCUGACCUUUGCAUUCUCUGUGUCUUUUGCUCCCAUUGCUGUAUUUGUUGUGGGCACUGUGGUAGGCUAUGAAUGGUGCCAAUUCUCCUUCUAUGCUUUCUGGAUCCUUGCUUCCAACAGUUGUUGGAAUGUGGCUAUCUACAGUGUUUGGGACCCCAAGUUCCGGCAGGGGCUGCAGGAAAUGUUCUGCAAGCAAAUGCUGAAAGCUGAUUUCCAGCAGCAUUCCAGUCAUUCACUGGAGGGGCACCGUUCUUCCCCUGCUUGUGUGAUAGUCCUCAAGGAGAUGCUCCGUCCAGAGACCAGCUAGUGGCAGAAUUGGUACUUGCUGUUUUUAAAGAGAUGACUGCUUCAGAGCAGGUCUGGGUAUUUUAGCUGGAGAUUCUGGAUUUUUCAAUAACUAUUUUCCUCUUCAGUUGUUGCAGCUUAAUGGAAUGCCUCCCCCCUCCAAAGUAUGUACUUUCUUGGUGCCAGAUUUUUCUUUCCAUUUACUGGAUUGGAGCCUGUUGACCUUUGUAUUGCAAAUGUACAAUGAAUUUAUGAGGAUGCAUUUCGGAGUGUUGGAAGCACAUUGCACUUUUAAAAAUUGCUGCUAGAUAAAUAUCUUAAUAUAGAGCAGCUAUUUAUUAGUGACUCCUCGUCCAUAUAAAAAUAUCCCAGUUUUGAUUUAACGGUAGAAAAUAUAAAAAAGAAGAGAAAGAGAGAGAAAGAAAGAGAAGAAAAAACUUUAAAAUACAUCACAUCAUGAAUGAAUCUCUAGGCAUGAUGAGGGCUGAAAUAACAUGUCCUCUGUGUUCUAUUUUGCAAAAAUAAUCCUAUGUAAUGCCUUACAAUGUACAGUUGAAAAACAAUGACCUUUUAAUUACUGUUAAUCUCAAAUAUGGUUAUAAUAAGCAGUAUAUACUCUACAGCAUUUAUUCAGAAACGUAUUUGCACAAAAAUGCCUUUUUAAAAAUGGUAAAAUGGCACUUUUUACAA